AUGAAGGUGGGAGAAAUAGUCAAUGACUACUUUGCAAGGGUGCUCACAGUAGCCAACAAGAUGAGAAUCCAUGGAGAAAGGAUGAGUGAUGUAGUGGUGAUUGAAAAGAUCCUAAGGUCAAUGACACAAAAAUUUGACUAUGUGGUUUGUUCCAUUGAAGAAUCUAACGAGAUAGCUGAACUCUCAAUUGAUGAAUUGCAAAGCAGUUUGCUUGUGCAUGAGCAAAAAAUUAUUGUCCAUGUAAUGGAGGAACAAGUUCUGAAAGUGAGUCAACAAAAUAACUCACCUACGAGAGGAAGGGGUCAUGGAGGCUACAGAAGUCGUGGAAGCGGAAGAGGGAGAAAAGGAUCAUUUGAUAAGUCGACUAUUGAGUUUGAAGAAGAAAUGGUACUCAUGUCUUAUGUAAAUAUGCAAGAAGAUACCACCAACAAGCUAUGGUAUCUUGAUUCUGGAUGCAAUAACCACAUGAGUGGAGACAAGAAGCUUUUUGCAACACUUGAUGAAACAUUCAUAGAGAAGGUGAAGUUGGGAGACAAUUCUAGCCUAUGUGUCAAAGGGAGAGGAAACAUCAACAUUAAAUCUGAGGAUAUAAUUGGUUUUAAGAAGUUUAAAGCUAUAGUUGAGAAAGAAGCUGGGGUGUUUAUUAAAGUAUUACGUACUGAUCGUGGAGGAGAAUUCACUUCACAUAAAUUCACCACCUUUUGUGAGGAGAAUGGUGUUCAUGGACAGUUAACUACAGCUUACACUCCUCAGCAAAAUGGGCUAAGAAGCAAACUUGAUGACAAGAGUGUGCCAUGUGUUAUGCUUGGGAUUAGUGAUGAGUCCAAGGCUUACAAGUUGUAUAAUCUAGCUACCAAGAGGAUCAUAGUCAGCAUAGAUACAGAUGAAGGAGUUGAAGAGAUAGUUGCGAAUCUUGAAAGGAAUGAGGAGAAUUCAGCUGGUAGACACUAA